AUGGGGGAUUUGGAGAAGCAAGAGAGGGUGAUGGAGGAGGAAGAGAGAGACAGGUUGCUCGAGGGUGUGGCGGUUUUGGACUUUGAUGUGCUUUGUUCCACUGUCGCUAUGCGAGCUCAGCAUGGAAAAUGGGGGAAGCUUGAAGUUGAAGAUGAACAAGAAGAAGAGGGUGGUGAGUUUGGUGGUGUCCUGAGGAUGUGGGAGGGUGAAAUUCUUGAGUGUUUUGAUGAUCAUCGCAUCGCUCUUGAAUCCACAUGUUGUCCUUGUUACCGAUUUGGGAAGAACAUGAAGAGAGCUGGUUUUGGUUCUUGCUACAUUCAGGCAUCGAUAUAUUUUGUUCUUGCCAUUGGUGCCUUUCUUAACUUCAUUGCCUUUGCUGUCACGAGACGUCACUGCAAUCUAUACCUGGGAGUUGCCUUCGUUGUUUCCUUUGGAGCAUAUUUAGGAUUCUUCCGGACACGACUAAGAAAGAAGUUCAACAUCAAGGGUAGUGACAGUUCCUUAGAUGAUUGCGUUUACCAUUUCGCCUGUCCUUGCUGUACAUUAUGUCAGGAGUCUAGAACGCUGGAGAUGAACAAUGUUCAAGAUGGCACUUGGCAUGGUCGGGGUGAUAAAAUAUGCAUUGGUGGCUUUGACCAAAACAGCAAAGGAUUCUUUCAGUUACAUCCUCCUUCCACUGUCUCCAUCGUGAAUAUUCAUGAAAGUUCAUUUGAAACAAAAACAGACACAAAUGUCAGCAAUCCAUUUUAA